AUGAAUUCGAUUCUGGAAGAAAUUUCAAAAAAAUUGAACUGCCCAAAUUAUCUUGUGAGAUAUAGACUAAUGUGUCAAGAAAAUGCCGAUAUGAUCGCAAAAUUUAUAAAUGAAAGCGGGAAGGUAGAGACAACUUAUUCAGAUAGAAAUGGAUUGAGGUAUGGAAUUAGAUGUGACGGAAUUACAACAUCAGGAGCACAUUUAGUCAAAGCAUUUGGCGAUUUAGGUUAUCCAUUUAAUAUAUCGGUUGCGGCGUAUUUUUAUGCUCACCACAAGAUAAAACUCCAAUAUCCGUUUCAUCAAUGUGUUAUCGUAAGAACAAGUACAAAGAAUGGAAUUUGCGAGAGAUACUUCCCACUUGAGCUGGUAUGUUUUGCUCCUACUUCACCCUCGUCAAAAUCAAGCGGUAUAACUUUCAAAACACGGAGCACACGUGCAACUUCGUUUACAUCAACAACCAGUCUCAAUAGUAUUCCAUUAUCCGUCGGAAGCUUACCUACAUCCACUAAUGCAAAAUCGAGACCCGGAAUAUUGUGGAUUGAAAUAGAAGGUAAAACCAAUCAAUGGGAAAAACGUAAUAUUUUGAUUGAUUCAGAAAUUUAA